AUGGAUUCGAAGGCCAAAGUCGGGAGGAAAGAGUUACUUCUCUUCGCGUCCGUGCUCCUGUGCUUGCUGGCGCCAGGCAGGGGUGCCGUGCACACUUCCAACCCCGAGGUCAGAGUUCCCGAGGAUAAACCCGCCAAGUUGUCCUGCUCCUACUCGGGCUUCUCCUCUCCCCGAGUGGAGUGGAAGUUUGCCCAGGGCGACAUCACCAGCCUCGUUUGUUAUAACAACAAGAUCACAGCUCCCUUUGAGGACAGAGUCACCUUCUCCAACACUGGCAUCACCUUUCACUCCGUGACCCGGAAGGAUACGGGGAUGUACACGUGCAUGGUCUCUGAUGAAGGUGGCACCGCCUACGGGGAGGUCAGCGUCCAGCUCAUUGUCCUUGUGCCGCCGUCCAAACCCACGGUCAACAUCCCCUCCUCCGCCACCAUCGGGAGCCGGGCAGUGCUGACCUGUUCGGAGCCGGACGGCUCCCCACCCUCUGAGUACCUGUGGUACAGGGACGGGGCCCUGAUGCCUCUGGAACCCAAGAGAAACCGUGCCUUCAGCAACUCCUCCUACAGCCUGAACCCCAAGACAGGGGAGCUGGUCUUCGACCCCAUCUCGGCCUCUGACACCGGAGAGUACUCCUGCCAGGCCCAGAACGGGUACGGGAGCCCCGUGAUGUCCGCCGCGGUGCGCAUGGAGGCCGCGGAGCUGAACGUCGGGGGCAUCGUGGCAGCCGUCGUCGUCACACUCCUCCUCCUGGGACUCCUGGUUUUCGGCAUCUGGUUCGCCUACAGCCGGGGCUACUUUGACAGGAAGAAGAAAGGGACCGAGAGCAAGAAGGUCAUUUACAGCCAGCCCACCGCUCGGAGCGAGGGGGAGUUCAGACAGACCUCGUCCUUCCUGGUGUGA